AUGACCUCGGCACAUAUUUUCCCUGCCACGUUGACUUUUACCUGUCUGGCGACUUUCGUGGUUGCGGUUCGGCUAUGGACGCGCUUUCGGCUGGUGAAAUCUCCCGGGUGGGAUGACAUGCUCAUCCUGGCUGCAAUGAUCUUGAGUCUUGUGUUCUAUGCCUUUAUCAUGGUUGAGAGACACUACGGAAUGGGUCAUGUUAUGAAAGACCUCUCGGAGGAGCAGAAAGCAAGGAUGAUGCAAUUCCUCUGGCUCUCAAUUCCUUUCUACAACGCCUCCCUCAUCUUCUCCAAACUCUCCGCCCUAGUCCUCUAUACCCGCAUCUUCCGAAACCGCACGUUUCGUCUUGUCGUCAAAAUAUUCGCCGGCUGCCUUAUCGUAGCAGGUCUGUGGAUGGUUGUCAGUGCAUUUGUCUUCUGCAUCCCCAUCCAUGACUUUUGGAGUUUGUCUCGCAAAGUCCGCAGAGCGCACUGUCUCCGCGCGGACAUCGUCUGGUUCACCAAUGCGGGUAUCCAGAUCGUGACGGAUCUGGUCAUCUUGGUCUUGCCCAUGCCGCUUAUUUCGAAGCUGCAGUUGCCAACCCAGCAGAAGACGGGCAUCAUGCUUGUGUUUAGUCUUGGGGUUUUUGUCGUUGCUACCAGCUCUGUCCGGUUAUAUGAACUGCGACAAAUGACUCACAACAAUGACUAUACAAAGACAAACGCCAGAGCGGCCAUUUGGUCCUCCCUUGAAGCCAACGUCUCCAUAAUCUGCGCCUGUCUCCCACCACUAUACCCACUAUUCUCGCGGGUCUUCUCCUUCUGCUUCCGCCCGCAACCACUAAACUCAAGUUCCAAAACCUAUCAGAACUCAAACGCAAAAAACCCAACUCCAGUAUCCCGCAAAUCAUCAGUCUACGAACGCGGCUUCGGGGUCGGAUUCGGUCCAGACGGUGGCGUUUUCUACAACGAGCAUUUCCAGCCUGCGUCAGGCGGAUACUCUACCAGCAUUACUAAAGUGAGGACCGGCGAUGAAGACCCCGAGACAAACGAUGGCGAGGCGGGGAUCCGUGUCGUGCGCGAGUUGAGACUUGAGUCUGAUACAGUUCCUGAUACCAAUGCUACUAUUAGAGGUACCGAUGAUAGUAGUAGCAGUCCCAAGCCGAGCGCGGCUUUGGGGGGCGAUGAGAAACCGGAUCGGGAUCUGGAGAUGGGUGUUUCCGCCGAGGGAGAGUCAAAGAGCUGGAAUCCUACCAUUGAGUGGGAUUUGGGAGACUUUGAGUUUCCUGAUUAUAAGGAGCGGAUGAAUGCUCCGAUUUGA